UCAAGAAGGGGCCACCUAUUUCAUGUAUUACAAUAGCACAUUUUAAGAAUUUCGACACGAGGACUUUAUAGUUUCAUAAUUUCAAGCUUUUUGUUAGUUUAAAUCAUUUAGCAGACAAGAUGUACCCCGUUGGUCAACCUCCAGCGGGGGAGACAAGUGCGGGUGCCGUAGGCGUGUCGGCCACGGUGAGCACGGCGGCGGGCACCACGGGCGCCGCGCCGGGCGCCGCCAGCACCGCGCCCACCACCGGCGCCCCGCCCACCGGCGCCGCCGCCGCCGCCGGACCCAUCUCCCUCGUGUCCCCGGCGGCUGCCCCACCCCCCGAUCUCCCAGUCCUCACGUGUCCGAGAAGACCCAACCUCGGCCAUGAAGGAAGACCGAUUAUGCUCCGAGCGAACCACUUCCAGAUAUCCAUGCCGAGAGGUUAUGUACAUCAUUACGAUGUUAAUAUUCAACCUGACAAAUGUCCAAGAAAGGUUAAUAGAGAAAUUGUUGAAACUAUGGUACAUUGUUAUAAUAAAAUAUUUGGUGCACUAAAACCAGUAUUUGAUGGUAGGAAUAAUCUAUAUACAAGGGAUCCAUUACCGAUUGGUAAUGAUAGAGUAGAAUUAGAAGUUAUUUUACCGGGUGAAGGCAAGGACAGAGUAUUUCGUGUUACUAUUAAGUGGGUGGCUCAGGUGUCACUAUUUGCUCUAGAAGAGGCAUUAGAAGGGCGUACGAGACAAAUCCCUUAUGACGCUAUCUUGGCUCUGGAUGUCGUCAUGAGACAUUUACCUUCAAUGAUGUACACGCCAGUCGGACGCUCAUUUUUCUCCUCCCCUGAAGGGUAUUAUCAUCCUCUGGGUGGGGGUCGUGAAGUUUGGUUUGGUUUCCAUCAAUCAGUGAGACCUAGCCAAUGGAAAAUGAUGCUUAAUAUUGAUGUCUCUGCCACGGCAUUUUAUAAGGCACAACCUGUUAUUGAAUUCAUGUGUGAAGUCCUAGAUAUUCGGGACAUUAAUGACCAGCGUAAACCUCUGACAGACUCUCAGAGAGUCAAGUUUACGAAAGAAAUCAAAGGGCUUAAGAUAGAAAUUACCCAUUGUGGUACUAUGAAACGAAAAUACAGAGUGUGCAACGUCACACGUCGACCUGCGCAAAUGCAAUCAUUUCCACUGCAACUUGAAAAUGGACAAACUGUAGAAUGUACAGUAGCGAAAUACUUCUUGGAUAAAUAUAAAAUGAAGCUCCGAUAUCCCCAUUUGCCGUGUUUGCAAGUGGGUCAGGAACACAAGCACACAUACUUGCCCUUGGAAGUUUGCAACAUAGUGCCUGGGCAGCGGUGUAUUAAGAAAUUGACAGAUAUGCAAACAUCAACCAUGAUCAAAGCUACAGCGCGCUCUGCUCCUGAUAGAGAGCGUGAAAUCAACAACCUGGUGCGUCGCGCGAACUUCAACACGGAUCUGUACGUGAAGGAGUUCGGGCUGACGAUCUCCAACAAUAUGAUGGAGGUGCGCGGGCGCGUGCUGCCUCCUCCCAAGCUGCAGUACGGAGGCCGCGUCUCUUCAUUGGGAGGACAGCAGGCGCUACCCAACCAAGGCGUCUGGGACAUGCGUGGAAAGCAAUUCUUCAUGGGAGUGGAAAUACGCGUGUGGGCCAUCGCAUGCUUCGCGCCGCAGAGGACCGUCAGAGAAGACGCCCUCAAGAACUUCACGCAGCAGCUGCAGAAGAUAUCGAACGACGCCGGCAUGCCGAUCAUCGGCCAGCCGUGCUUCUGCAAGUAUGCCACGGGCCCGGACCAGGUGGAGCCCAUGUUCAAGUACCUCAAGUCCACCUUCGUGCAGCUACAGCUCGUUGUCGUCGUGCUGCCCGGCAAGACGCCAGUAUACGCCGAAGUGAAGCGCGUCGGAGACACAGUGCUGGGCAUGGCGACGCAAUGCGUGCAGGCCAAGAACGUCAACAAGACGUCGCCGCAGACACUCAGCAACUUGUGCCUGAAGAUCAACGUCAAACUCGGCGGCAUUAACUCGAUAUUGGUGCCCUCGCUGCGUCCGAAGGUGUUCAACGAGCCGGUGAUAUUCCUGGGCGUGGAUGUGACGCACCCGCCGGCGGGCGACAACAAGAAGCCGUCCAUCGCGGCCGUCGUGGGCUCCAUGGACGCGCACCCAUCGCGCUACGCCGCCACCGUGCGCGUGCAGCAGCACAGUAGUGCAAAUUCUUGCAGACAAGAAAUAGUGCACGAGAUGAGUAGCAUGGUGCAGGAGCUGUUGAUAAUGUUCUACAAGAGCACGGGCGGGUUCAAGCCGCACCGCAUCAUCAUGUACCGCGACGGCAUCUCCGAGGGGCAGUUCAUCCACGUGCUGCAGCACGAGCUCACCGCCGUGCGCGAGGCCUGCAUCAAGCUGGAAGCGGAAUACAAGCCGGGCAUCACGUUCAUCGUGGUGCAGAAGCGGCACCACACGCGGCUGUUCUGCGCCGACAAGAAGGAGCAGUCGGGCAAGUCCGGCAACAUCCCCGCAGGCACCACCGUCGACCUCGGCAUCACGCACCCCACCGAGUUCGACUUCUACCUCUGCAGCCACCAGGGCAUACAGGGCACGUCGCGGCCGUCGCACUACCACGUGCUGUGGGACGACAACCACUUCGGGUCGGACGAGCUGCAGUGCCUCACGUACCAGCUGUGCCACACGUACGUGCGCUGCACGCGCUCCGUGUCCAUCCCCGCGCCCGCCUACUACGCGCACCUCGUGGCCUUCCGCGCUCGCUACCACCUCGUGGAGAAGGAGCACGACUCGGGCGAGGGCAGCCACCAGUCCGCCUGCAGCGAGGACCGCACGCCCGGCGCCAUGGCGCGCGCCAUCACCGUCCACGCCGUCACCAAGAAGGUCAUGUACUUCGCGUAAUGCGCCGCGCCCGCCGGCCGCCGCGGGCCGCGCCGACGUCGCGCGAUCGGAUCCCACCCGCACCGGUCGACCGCGACGUUUCGCGACCGGUCUCCGAGCGCGCCGAUACGGGCUCGCGACCCGCCCCCGUCUUCGCCCGCCGACGCGCGUCCCUCGACCGAUCGCAGCCUGCGGUGAUCGUGUGGCGCGCGGUCGAUUCUCAUCGACGACUCGGAAACCGGUCGUCGGUCCGGCCGCGGUUCCUUUCGAGGUCCGAUUGACGACGAAGCUUCGCUUUUCUUUUGAGAAGUUUUGGAAUCUACGCCCGCAAAGGCGUGAAACUUUGUCACUAUGUAUGAGCUUUUCUCAGUGUUCCGAACGAUCCAAUAUGUGCUUCACCGCGGUACCGACGUGGUGAUCGGCCGCGUUGUCCUCGUCGAACCCAAUUAUGAAGACAAAUAUCGACAAAUAACGCAAUGUUAUACAAUAUAUUUUUUAUUUCUGAACCACGAUGGGGAUCUGGCGGGUGAAUAGAGAGCCUCGGACCCCGCCUGAACCCCAACUGACGUUUUAGGAUCAAUUCCACACAAACACUAGUAUCGAUGACAGUAAUCAUGUAUCGAGUUUAUCAUUGUAGAAUGUAAUAUUGUUAAACUGUAUGUGCCACUUUAAUGCGUCCAUCAUAUUUUUUCAUCAUUCAACUUAGUCAAGUAUAGUUCUUAAAAUAUGCAAACAUGUUUAUAAAUAACAUUAGAGCGUAGAAAGUAUGCAUAUUAAAUGUAUAAGAUUUUAAACUUUCGCGUUCCAUUUCAACUAAAAUAGUAAACUAAACCAUGGCUGCAGCAUCGCAGCCGAAACGUCAAGCUGUGAGUACAUAAUGUAAAUCAUUAAUAUACGUCGCGUUAAGACCCGUGUCUUACUAUAUUAAAUGUAUCUUACUGCCUAUUUAUCAUAUCAAAAACCAUGAAACACCAUAACAGUGUAAUGUGUCGUAAAUAUAUUUAAAAUAGACUAUUAUAAAUUAAAACACCGACUUUCCUCCAGGUUAAAUUAUGGUCCAAACCGUCAUUCGUACUUUAUUACAUAUUAGCAUACUUUCGUGUAACUUAAUCUAGAGGAGAUGCGCAUUAUUUUGAUAGAGCUUUGUAAGUUCGUAUAAUCAUUAUUUAUAGUAGAUAAAUACAUACGUUAUAGCAUGAUAGUAUACUUUUUAUUCAGAUUUGGUCAGCAAUAUAGAAACUUUAUGAUCUAUGUACACUAUUCACUUUGCCGGUGUAGGAUGCGUCCCAGGCAGCUGUGUCGCUGUGGCGGCAGCUCGGCCCUCAACACUAAGACAGCUUAACAUUUAGGUAAAUGUUCGGAUGACAUCAUUUUUCUAUUCUCUUAUAAAUUACUCAUAAAUUAUGUCUUUAUUCAUUCGUCAUUGUAUGCUGUCAAUGUGUUAAAAAUCGGGAGACCUCUAACAAACAAGUUAUGAAGCCUAAAUUCUAAUAUGUAAUAGGUUAAAACAUCGUUCAUUAUGUGAUAAGCUAAUAAGUGAGAUUGUGGGAUUGGAAUCCUUCGGGGAAAUACACUGGUUUCUGUUCUUGCUGGCUACGCUUAGAGCUUUUCCAGGCGACGUGUUUUUCCUCGCGCGUUUCGCUGCACAUGCAGUCUUGCGUUUUCAAAAUGCGCGACUGCCAGUGACAAAAUGUAUGAACUUCUAGUACCUCAUGAUUGCGCGAUUCGAAAACGCGUAAGUAAAAACUUGUCAUCUGGACCAGCGUGGGUGUGUCUCGUAAGCAAAAGUCGAGGUAAUUAAAGUGCAAGCUCGUAUGCCUACGGAAUACUGAGGUUUACCGGUAACAUUAAAUUAUUCUCAGCAAAAAAUAGCUUAGAAUUAUCCAAACAUCGGUCACCGAGCGAUCUCAUCACCAAACUGCCAGCUAAUCUAACCAGUAACUUUACAUGCAUACUAAUUAGAAACUAGUGUAAAGGUAUGGCAAUAAUAAAGAAACUUAUCUUAGUUAUACAUUACAUAAUAUUAUUAUUAUAUUAUCUGCUUCUGUUAACACCUAUGAGUGCCACUUUUACUUAUUACUAUACAUAAUCUAGUAUAAUAUGUAUCUGAUUAUCUUCUUAACUAUAGUUCAUUUUCACUUGCCAAAGAAAUGAAACAUAAAUUUCACAUUAUUAUUAAAUAUAUUAUUUAUAUGGUGAAUAACAAUUUGAUUUGUUCGAACAAACCGUAUUCAGACCACGUAUGCUUUCCGAUUAAUUCAUAUAAUCAACGCUUUACUAACCAAAAGCGUGCCUUGAUAUCUGCUGCCACUGAGAUAUGCUUGAUAGUAAAUUGGUUGAGAUUUGAAUCUAAUGCUUCAAUGCAAAGGAGUAAGUUGGCUCGUUACAUAAGAAAACAGGCCACAAAUAAAUUGCAGACAGUAUAAAACAUAUACGUCAUGAUUCUUAAACAUUUUCGUCUCAUUCAUAAUGAUAUUAAGCACUAAUGCAAUGUGUCAUCAACUGCACUGCAUGUGUCAUCAUUCAAUGCAUUGGCAAGACAAUUACCAUGAAAUAUAUGAUCUCUUGGGCACUUAAUCGGUAGCCAAAUUUUUACCGCCUGAAUGUUUCUGUUAUUUUUUACAGGUUUUAAAUUGAAUACAUUUAAGACCUUUGGUGACCAAUUGUAUUUAUUAUCUGGGUAUAAAUUAAUGUUACCUAGCAUAGGUAAUUUGUGUUGAACAACUAAUUAUAGGUAUUUAUUAUGGCCCAUACAGACAGAAUAGUUUAUUAGUAAUUAUAACAAAAAUAAUAAGCCUUAUAUUAACUUCUAAUACUGAACGCGGAUCAGCACAAGAAGACAGUCUAUAGUUUGUAGGAUUAUUGAAAUAUUUACAUUAAAACUAAUAAUAUUACAGCUAAAAUUUUAUCCAAUGGUAACUGUUAUAUGGCUUAAUGUUGCUUGGAAUAAUUAUAGACAUUACAAUAUAUUAUUUUCAUACACAAACACUUUGAUAUGAUGAAGAAAAACACAUGCGGUAUAAUAGAAAAUGUUAUUGUAUUUUUGCAACAGCGUUCGGGGUUCAAUGUGAUAAUACGGGGUGUCCCAAAUAUAACACAAAAUGCAAUUUAAGAUAGAAUGCGCAGUUUAAAAUCGACAAAACAUAGUUACAAUGUAAACUAUUUUAAACGUUACUUGAUUUAACGAAAAACUCAUUAAAAAGUCGAAUUUGCUUGGUUUACUUGGUUUUCUAUCCGCUCUACCGUGUCUCCAUUUUUUAACGUCCACUCUAGAGAUUGCAAUCCGGUAUGUUUCUCAACCCGGCCGGGCCGGGCCCGGCGGACCGGAUUUCCUACUUAUGGACGGAAAAGUAACAUUAGUAAUUAUUCAUUUUUAUAAGUUUUAAACAAAUAAUGUAGCUUAAAGUACUAAACGUGUCAUAACAACUUUGAUAGAUAGAUAAACUUUGGUAGAUUUGGUAUAAACAACACAAAUGAUUUCACCUACCGGGUCCGGUGACCGGGCCCGGUAAGAAUGGCCGGGCCCGGUGGGUGCCUAAACGGGUACCGGGUCCGGCCGGGCCGGG